AUGGAAACCCACGACUCCCCCAACCCCACCGGCCCAUUCAGCACCUUCACCGCCUCUCCCCCCUCCCCUCCCCCCUCCCCUCCACCCCCCCUCGACACCCACACCUGCCGCAUCUGCCUCGACCAAGUCCCGCCCCCCUACGCCCCCGACCCCGAGCUCGGCCGCCUCAUCUCCCCCUGCACCUGCAAGGGCUCCUCCCGCUUCGUGCACCAAGGCUGCCUACAGCAAUGGCGCACUCUCUCCGCAAACCAGACAAACUUCUACCAAUGCCCCACCUGCCACUACCAGUACCGCUUCCGCCGCCUCAAGCUCGCGGCCAUCAUCGGCUCCCCGGCCCUGCGCUUCGGGCUCACGAGCAGCAUCAUGGUGCUGGCCGUGUAUCUGCUCGGCUUUGUGGCCGAGCCGAUCAUCAACACGUAUCUUGACCCGCCGGCGCUGUUCCUCGGCCGUUCUGGUGGGAGCACGGCGGCGGCGGUGCAGCAGCCGCUGUCGCUGACGGGGCGGGCCGGCGGCGUGGUGGAGCAUAUGCUGAAGGGCUUUGCGUCGCUGGGGCUGCUGGGCUUUCUGAAGGUGGUGUAUCUGCUGCCGAAUCCGGUGUGGAACCUGCGCAGUAGUGGGAUUGGGAGCGGGAUUGGGCGGUCGGGGAGGGAUCGGGCGGCGCAGAUUAGUUGGGUGGUGGUUGCGAUUGGGGUGGUGAACUUCUUUAUAUUUACGUGGGGGCAGGUGGGGGGGUGGGUGAAGGGGUGGAUGGAGAAGGCUGCUGAUGAGAUCUUGGAGGUGAGCCAUGAGGAGGAGGGGGAGGGGAAAGGGGGGAAGGACGAGUAG